ACCUUCCCUUACUCUCGUGCUCUGCACCCAGACAGCCUGUUGAGAAAUAUCUCUUGACUUUAUUGCGGAACAUUUUGAAUCCACGAAAAUCUGAGGGAAGAGCUGCGGUGUUGAGCCUGAGAGAGGCUUGUUCAUUUGGAUGUGAGCUGGAUUCAUAACGAUCCUGUUAGUUUGUGGUGUGGUUUGCAUUAGACACCGAUGGAUGUACUAAAGGCUGUGCUCGUUUGCUUAUCGGAUAAUUGUUUUGACCUUAGAAACUCGCACCAAAAGCAAAUUCUAUAUGCAGUUAAAGAAAGAUAAAUCAUGUGCAGAACCAUGGCGGAACGAGUGCUCGUAAUUGGCAGUGGAGGGCGGGAGCAUACCCUGGCCUGGAAGCUGGCUCAGUCCCCACAUGUUCUGCAGGUACUGGUUGCGCCGGGCAAUGCGGGGACGGCAGGAAUUGGCAAAAUCUCCAAUUCGGCCGUCUCUGUCAGCAAUCAUGCCAUUCUUGCCCAGUACUGCAAAGAUCACAACAUUGGUUUGGUGGUGGUGGGUCCAGAGGCUCCCCUCGCUGCAGGGAUCGUGGAUGACCUGACGGCUGCUGGAGUGAAAUGUUUUGGUCCUUCGGCAAAGGCAGCACAGCUGGAAGCAAGUAAACAGUUUGCCAAAGACUUCAUGGAUCGUCACAGUAUCCCCACUGCCAGAUGGAAAGCUUUUACUAACCCGCAGGAAGCCUGCAGCUUCAUCCAGAGUGCUGACUUCUCCGCAUUGGUAGUAAAAGCGAGUGGUUUAGCAGCUGGUAAAGGGGUUAUUGUUGCUGCUGACAAAGCGGAGGCAUGCAAAGCAGUUCAAGACAUCCUGCAGGAUAAGGCCUUCGGGGCUGCUGGAGAAACUAUAGUCGUGGAAGAACUACUGGAGGGAGAAGAAAUCUCGUGCCUGUGCUUCACUGAUGGGAUUACAGUUGCCUGUAUGCCACCUGCUCAAGACCACAAACGCUUGCUGGAUGGAGACCAGGGGCCAAACACUGGUGGAAUGGGUGCUUACUGUCCAGCUCCUCAGGUUUCUAAAGAUGUCCUUCAAAAGAUCAAAGAGAAUGUGCUUCAGAAGUCAAUAGAUGGGAUGAGACAAGAGGGAACUCCAUAUGUUGGGGUACUGUAUGCUGGGCUGAUGCUAACCCGAGACGGGCCUAAGGUGUUGGAAUUCAAUUGUCGUUUUGGUGAUCCAGAAUGUCAGGUCAUUCUUCCCUUGUUACGGAGUGAUUUGUAUGAAGUAGUGAAAGCGACUGUGGAUGGCAAUCUUGCCAAUGCCAUACCCUCAUGGCUGGAUACUAGUGUGGCUGUGACUGUGGUUCUGGCCAGCGGUGGAUACCCAGGCAACUAUGCAAAGGACCAGGAGAUCACAGGUGUGUCUGUGGCUAAGGAUGCGGGUCUGCAAGUCUUUCAUGCGGGCACUGCUCUGAAGGGCGGAAAGGUGGUGACGAGCGGUGGUCGGGUCCUUGCAGUGACUGCUGUGGAUAAGGAUUUGAUCUGUGCAGUUGAACAAGCCAAUUCAGGGGCAGCGAUCAUUCAGUUCCAGGGAGCUGUGUCCAGAAAGGAUAUUGCACAUCGAGCCAUUGCAUUCCUAAAACAGUCCAGCAGAAGCCUGACGUAUAAAGACAGUGGAGUAGAUAUUGCAGCUGGGAAUGCUCUUGUCCAUUCAAUUAAACCACUCGCUGCUUCUACCCGCAGACCUGGGUGCAAUGCUGAGCUCGGAGGAUUCGCAGGUUUGUUCGACUUGAAGGCAGCUGGAUAUUCUGACCCCAUUCUUGUCUCUGGAUCUGACGGAGUUGGAACCAAACUGAAGAUUGCUCAAAUGUGCAAUAACCAUAGCACAUUGGGCCAAGACCUGGUGGCAAUGUGCGUCAACGAUAUCCUGGCGCAAGGGGCCGAACCGCUCUUCCUCCUGGACUACUUCGCCUGCGGAAAGCUAGACGUGGAUGUGGCCCAUGUGGUAAUUGGUGGCAUUGCCGAGGCCUGUAAGAUGGCAGGAUGUGCAUUGCUAGGGGGAGAGACUGCCGAGAUGCCUGGGCUGUACGCUCCAGGAGACUACGAUCUGGCUGGCUUUGCCGUCGGUGCAGUGGAACGCGGGCAGAUGUUCCCACAACUGGAGGCGAUCUGUGCUGGUGACGUUAUCAUUGGCGUCGCGUCAUCUGGUCUCCACAGCAAUGGCUUCAGCCUUGUGCGGAGGAUUCUGGAGAAAUCCUCUUUGCAGUGUUCAUCUCCAGCGCCUUGCGGACCAACUACACAGACACUUGGGGAAUUGCUUCUGACGCCGACCAGAAUCUAUGUCAAAGCUUUGCUGCCUAUCCUUCGCUCGGGACAUGUGAGAGCCUACGCUCACAUCACCGGAGGAGGGCUGUUAGAGAAUAUUCCCAGAGCUCUACCAGGAAAUCUUGGUGUAGAAUUGGAUGGGUCGUGUUGGAAGAUUCCGGAAAUAUUUUCGUGGCUACAGAAAGAAGGUAAUCUCUCCGAAGACGAGAUGGCACGCACGUUUAACUGUGGGAUCGGAGCCGUGCUGGUGGUGGACAAGGAGAAAGCGCAAGAUGUGUUGCAAUGUGUACAACACCAUGAGGAGGCUUGGAUCAUUGGAAAUGUCAUGCAAUAUAAACCAGGCUUUGAAAAGGUAACUGUCAGAAAUCUGAUGCAAACGCAGUGUUUGCACAAGCAGCCUUCGUGCAAUGCCAUGGGUGAUGUCUCCCCACAGGAUCACUGUCGCACCAAGAAAAUGCGAGUUGGCGUCCUCAUCUCUGGGACAGGGACGAACCUUCAAGCCCUGAUUGAAUACACAAAGGAUCCUAUUAGUCGUGCAGAGAUCGUCAUUGUUAUCUCAAACAAAGCUGGUGUUGAGGGACUGAAGAAAGCUUCCCUGGCUGGCAUUGCUACAAGGGUGAUUGACCAUAAACUGUAUGGAAGCCGUUCCGAAUUUGACAGCACUAUGGAUAAGGUACUGGAGGAGUUCUCGGUGGAACUGAUCUGUCUGGCAGGGUUUAUGAGGAUCCUUUCUGGUCCUUUUGUCAAGAAAUGGAACGGAAAAUUGCUGAAUGUCCAUCCAUCCCUGUUGCCUUCUUUUAAAGGAGUCAAUGCACACAAGCAAGUGCUGCAAGCUGGAGUUCAAGUGUCCGGUUGCACUGUGCAUUUUGUAGCUGAGGAUGUUGAUGCUGGAGCCAUUCUUGUACAGAAGGUGGUCCCAGUAAAAGUGGGAGACACGGAAGAAACGCUAUCCGAAAGAGUGAAGGCAGUAGAGCACAAGGCAUACCCUGCUGCCCUCCAUCUGCUGGCCAGUGGGGCUGUACGUUUAGGGGACGAAGGCAAAAUCUGCUGGAACCUGCAGAAUUGUAGUUGAAAUUAUGUGGCAAACCUUUGUAUUUUUAAAAAAAGAUAAAAUAAGCUUGAGACAAAGAAUAUUUUACACCUGACCGUACUCGCAUUUUUUCGGGCUUUGUGGCAACAACACGGUGGGAUUUUCAGUAUUCAUAAACUGGAUUCGUCAAAAAAGUUUAUCGAAAUUCUUGCAAAUCCCAAGUGGGAAAAGUUUGCUAAAAGGCUGGGAGCGAAAAUAUUGGUGGGAAAUGGUGUUUCACCAACUGGCUGCUUUGUUUUAGACUUUGCCAAUUUGGGAUUUGCUGGCCACAAAUUUUGUAAACCCAUCAGUUUUGUGAAUAUUGUAAAUUGUAACCCCGUAUUGUGAAAAGUCUCACCUGACUCAUAUGUAACUUAAUCUACAUUUAAAUUUGUAGAUUAGGUUACAUAUGACUGUUUGUGGAACACUGCUGUGCACAAUUGUCUGCCACGUUUCCACAAUACAGUCAAGUCACUUUACAGUAUUUUCUGUGAGGGGUCUUGGAAGAUGUGAUAAGGCGCUAUAUCAAAUGCAAGGAUUAUUAUAAACCGAAUGAGUAGUCCCCUCCUUAAUGCUCCCUCCUUCCUCUCCGAUCAAAUUAGAAUGUAAUAAUUACUAUUGUUACAUGUUUAUUGUUCCUCAAACUAAAGCGAUCUGUAUGAUGCCCACAUAGUGUAUGAAAGUCAUAACUGCUUCAUGGAACUAGAAUUUUUUUCAAUACAUUCUGAUUUAUUAACACAUUUUUACAUAGAAUAAAACUCCAGGCAAAAUUUUGGAGAAAAUGAAACAGGCAAGCAUUUUUUUUGUUAUUGCAGGUCAUUGCAUUCAUUAGGAUUCUUCAAGGCAUCCACAUUUCAGAGAAACUAGUUUUAAUUCUGAACCGUCGAGAAAUAAAUUGAUCGGGAAUUAUUUCUCACAUUAAAGGAAUCAAGUUUA